UUUUUGGCACCCAGCCAACAAUCCGAUUUUGGGUUAUUUUUACUAUAUUCCUGACGGUUCCACCGAGAUUUCGAUUCGCUGUAUAUUUUUUACUCCACUUUAAAUUUAUUUUCGUGUUGUGGAAAAUUUUAUUAGAUGGGAUAUAGAAUAGAUAGGGUCCCAAACCAACGCUAAAACCAUUUUCAAAAUCGAGUCGCUAUCGACUGUGCCACCAUCCAACCCGAUUUUGGGUUAUUUUUACCCUACCUCUGAUGACGGGCAAUCAACGUUUUUUCAUUUCUUUAUUCAAACCAAUUUCUGAUUUGUUGGUUCUCGUGCCUAGCACUCUUUUUUAUCUUCAUCUAUGGCGGUUAAUUACAAAUUUGUUUGUGGAGAGGAAUUUGAUAGUACUUCUCUGGUCAUCCUAUUGUUUUUACCAAUUUAUUUUGUAUAUUCAACCAAAUUGGUCUGUUAAAGAAUCGCUCAAAUUUAUUGUGAUUGUGCAGCUAACCUCAACAUUUUUGCUUGUAAUAUUUUCUUUACUUUUGUUUAUCUCAACAAGCGUAGUUUAUACCUUUUAUAAAAUUGAAAUUUUUGGAAGUUGUGCGUUAGCAAUGGCUGCAUUAAUUGCUCUUAAACAAUUUUUACCAGACACAGUUCUUUUUACUACACCCUAUGGAAGACUAAAAAAUGGACAUUUACCGAUUUGUUCGUUCUUUGUGUUUUUGAUAUGUUGGAUAAUUGGGCUUGUUAGAGGGACUGUUAUUUUUCAAAUUAUGUACUGGGCAGCAGAGGUGGGUCGGAAUUGGGACUUCCAACGUUUUUUUCCUUCCUCCGAAAAAAUUUUGAUUUCCGAGUUCCUAUUUUUGAGCCAGUUCCGAUUUCCGGCUCUUCCAGUUUCCGACACCUCUAACUGUUCCGACCCACGUUUGCUGGGCAGUUUUGGGUAUUUUGUGGCUUCGGCUCUGACCUUUUCAAAUCGGUUUCGAACGUAUUCGGUUCCGGAGCUAGCUUACGGGGUCAUACCCAGUAAUACUUAUGUAGUAAUCGAUCACUGGAACCAGUCAAAUCCGCUGCGAAAUCCACUCCAUCGUUGGGCUUUAACUUUGAGUCCUCCAACGGAGUCGAAUUGCAGCGAAUCGGGGUGUUCAUUCUUUUCUUUAGUAUCAUUCUUUCCGUUAGAAAUAUUUAAAAAAAUUGUUUUUUGUCAUAAAAUAAUUUAUUCAACAUUAAGGUUAUCUCUUCAAAUCAGCUGGACAUACUUACGAUUUUUUCAAGAAAGAGGUGGUAUGGGUGAACAAGUAGUUGGUGAUCGAAGUGAACAUUUUUGUUGGGCAAGUUUUUUCCCAAGAAUUAUUCAACCUUUUGCUACCUUAAUUGGCCGUUUUACAUUUCGUUCACUUCAUCGUUUUGGAUUGUUAAAACGAGUUAUUGGGAAAGAACAUUUGGAUUAUAUGCAAGAGAACAGUCUUCAAAUGGAAGCAUUGGAAUGUAUUCAAGUUAAAAGUGUUGGGACUGCUGUGUUGGCACCGGAAGGUUGGGAUUCGGAAAGGAAAAGACAAAAAGCUUUGAGAAUGUUAAACGAACGAUUAAUGGCUAGCAAUACAAUUAAUGCCUCCCCAGAAAACAACCAAAAACAGCUACAUGAAUCCCCUUCAAGUCCACAAUUAACAAAAGGAUUUGGGGGAUUUGAAGAGGAGGAAAGGCCUUACAAAUUUGCACAAUUUCAACAAACUUUGCCUCCUAAAGAUAUUGAAGAAAAUAAUGAAGAAUUGACAGCAAUAAAUAUAAUAGAUGAAUUAAAUGAAAAUGAGGAGAGGCGAUGA